AGCCAGCCGCUCCGAGGGGGUCCUGGCAGCCCCGCUGUGCCUCGCUGGGGCACCUCCUCUACGGGAGACCCCGAGACCCCGCUCUGGGGGCGCCCCGGCCCACCCGCUCGCCCGCACCCACGUCCGGUCGUCCUCCUCUCGCCCCGAGAACGGGGCAAAUGGUCCCUCGCUUGAAACCCACGGGUCCAAGUCCUAAGGGACGGACACCAGCUUCCCCCGCCUCUUCGGAGGCUCCCUGCGAGCGCGAGGCCAGCUGUUGGCAGGUGUGGAGAGGAGCACCCCACUGCCCCUCAGCAUCACAGAACCCUGGCCCUUGGGCUCCUGGCUGCCAAGGCAAGCCCAGUUCACCUCUGGAUUUACAAGCAGCAUCUAGGAUGAUGAGCCCCAUUUUACAGUCAAGGAAACUGAGGCUGUGCAAGCAGUUCUCGGCCUUGACAGAAGUGCUUUUCCACUUCCUAACUGAGCCAAAAGAGGUGGAAAGGUUUCUGGCUCAGCUCUCUGAGUUUGCCACCACCAACCAGAUCAGUCUUGCCCCCCUCAGAAGCAUCGUGAAAAGCCUCCUUCUGGUUCCAAAUGGUGCCUUGAAGAAGAGUCUCACAGCUGAUCAGGUCCGGGCUGAUUUCAUAACUCUUGGUCUUAGUGAGGAGAAAGCCACUUACUUUUCUGAAAAGUGGAAGCAGAAUGCCCCAACCCUUGCUCGAUGGGCCAUAGGACAGACUCUGAUGAUUAACCAGCUUAUAGAUAUGGAGUGGAAAUUUGGAGUGACAUCCGGAAGCAGUGAACUGGAGAAAGUGGGAAGUAUUUUUUUACAAUUAAAGUUGGUGGUUAAGAAAGGAAAUCAAACUGAAAAUUUGUACAUAGAAUUAACCUUGCCUCAGUUCUACAGCUUCCUGCACGAGAUGGAGCGAGUCAAAACCAGCAUGGAGUGUUUGAGCUGAUUCCUGGCCCCUUCCCUGCUCCCUUCUCUUCCAUGGUGGCUCCUCAGAGAGGCGCCUCACUCACAGGCCUGUGGGGUGCUGAUAUGGGGCCUGCUUGCUUCUUGGGAGCCCAGGUGCAAAGGUUUCUGGAAAACAACAGGAUUAAGUACUUAAGGAGCCCCACACAAUUACUCUGUGAAUUCUUUGUUUAGGGGAACCUCCACCACCUAUCUCCCAGGAUGCUUCUUAGCUAUUCAGACAGGCUGUUGUUGCAUCUCAAAUUCAGGGGAGGAAAUUCAGAGGUUACCUCCCCAUCAAAAUUUCAGAGUAAACAGAUGGUGCCAUCACUCAAGAUGCACGCUGAUCACCCUCCCCUCAAAAAGGGAAAGACUUAUUUAUGGCUGACACACGUGGGGAGCCCCCAGCAAUUUUUCUACGCCCUCUGCGUUUGUGGUGGUGGUGGUGGUGGUGGUGGUGGUGCAUUGCUAAUCAGCUUUUAAUGGGGCACCUGUGUAUAAAUACUUGCUUCCUCUGUUCUGAAAAGAACUGAGGCCAACCUCUUCUCAUUUUGGGUUGUGCCCUGUGUUGUGUUGUAAUGAGGCUAUUUUCACUUGUUUGGGUUCAGGCUGACCUUCUCUGUUGGUCAGAUGAUGAAUAAAAAAGGUUCUAAAGAAAA